AUGCCUUCAGCUGUCGCAGUCAGUGUGGCCACGCCAGCGUCGCCGACAGGCAAGAUGACACCUCCGCUUCUGCUCCAGCCCACGAAGCUGGAUGAGCAAGCUCUGGAAACUGCCGCCCAGAUCUUGGGUGUUAUUGGCCGGUACCGACUGAGCCACAAGUCGACCCCGAAGUCUGAUGAGGGUGACUUGAAGUUCCUCGCCCAAAUCUACAGCAAAGUCAGAGCAGGUCGGGUAAUCAACAUGUGUCUGCCUGCCUUCCCCUUCAAGUCUCCAAACUCUGCCACAAAAGUCCUCGGCUACCUUCCAGACAAGUCAGAGGAGGUUGCCCUUGCCAAUCUGAAUGGCUUGUGUGACGCGAUCAAGAAUAUCUAUCCUCCCGGUGCGGAGCUCACCAUCAUCUCCGAUGGAUUGGUCUACAACGAUCUUCUCGGCGUACCGGACAAAAAUGUUUGGGCCUACGGUGAAGCCCUACGUGCCAUGAGCCAAGCCAAGGAAUUUAACAACAUCAAGUUCAACCGUUUGAGAGACUUGGUGCACGUUGAUCUGCCUGAUGAGCUUGACGAAAUUACAUAUGUCACAAACGCUACCAACUUUCGUUUGGCCCUUCUAAACUCGUUCAGCAAACGCGACUAUGACGUCGACCUGAAAAUCGCCGAUCAUGAGGAUACUUGCCUGACGUACAGAGGGUACCUGAAGUUUCUUGAGACUGAUUUACAAACCAUCUAUCCGAUCAGUGAAGAGAGAUCGAAGAAGAAGUAUAAGAAGGGACUGGGUUAUAUCGCCAAGCAAAUGCUAUUCAGAGGCGACGCCUUUGCACGCGCGGUCAGGGAAAGCUUUUCAGACCACAUCCGUCUAUCAAUUCACCCUUCCACAGGUGAAUCAAAGAUCUCCGUCAGCCCUCUGCCAACUGACACGUGCUACACCACACCAUGGCACAGCUCUGUCGCAUUCAGACUAGACGGCAGCGUCACCAGCGGGCUGCGAUCUGAUUUCGAGAACGACUCCAAGAUGGAGCUGGUUUAUGAGAAUGGCCGACCAAGUUACUUCCGUGAAAAGUCAGACCUGCUUUCUUGGGCAGAAGACAAGGGCGGCAUCGUCUGCGAGCCGAUUUACCCGGCGGGUAUCAUGAUUCGCCCUGCUCUUGGCCCCGGCAAGCUGUCCAUUCACGACAUUGAUUCAGCCAAGAUUCGGGCGCUAUCCGAGAUCAACUCUCCCGUCAUUAUGCGUGGCUUCUCCAAGACAACAGAUAGGGAUCUCUUUGUCUCAAAAUCUCAAGAGCUCGGGAAGCCACUGCCAUGGAAAUUUGGGCUUGUGCUGGAGGUGAAGGACCGCGGUGCGGACACGCGAGGCCUCAACAACGUCCUUUCGGCAGAGUGGAUGCCAUUCCACUAUGACGGCCUGUUCAAGACUGAGAAGCGGACGAAAGAGGAUGGCACCGAAGAGCUCGUUUCUAUCCCACCACAAUUCCAAUUCUUCACAGGUGUCACAAGCUCGCCGAAGACCACAGGCUACACGCUGUUCUCAAGCUCCACCCUGAUCUUCAGAUACCUCCCCGAGGACCUGAACCUCGACUACCUGCGCAAGCUGACCUGGGGCGUGAGCACCUCGUCAUUCGACGCGACCAAGCUCCGCGGGCUGCCCCUGGUCAUUGACCACCCGACCACGGGCAAGCCGUGCCUGCGCUACCACGAGCCUUGGCCGCAAACCAAGACCGCCUUCGACCCGACUUACGUGACGAUUGAGGAUGAGAACGGCCCGAUCGAGAACAACGACGCCCUGUGCGCGGCACUUGACAGUCUCCUGCAUGACCGCCGGAUCGCGUACUGGCACUCGUGGGAGAAGGGAGACCUCGUUGUCUCUGAUAACAUCCUGACCAUGCAUACCAGAAGUGACUUCACUGCUGGAUGUGAUCGGGAGUUGUGGCGGAUACAUUUUGACUGA